AUGGAGGCACCCCGAACAAAGGAAUCUCACAAGAUGAAAACUGAUCUGAAUUUACUGCUUGAAUGUCUUAAGUACCAAAUGGACCAUCCUGCUUCUCAAAAGGAAGCAUUGGUUACGAUUUAUUCAGUUUGUCAACAAAACAGUGAUGCAAGUGAUUAUUUUCGAGAAAUAGGUGGUUUGAUGUUUGUACAUAACCUUGCAAAGUCAAGUAUGCACAGCAUGGUCAAGGAAGGUGCUUUAUUUACCUUAGGAGGGUUAGCUGAGAAUAAUGUGUUCUGCCAACAGGUGUUAUGCACUUCUGGCCUGUUUGAAGACCUUCGUAUGUUUUUAACUAAUAAGGAUUCCAGUCUGAACCUGAAAAGAAUGUCUGUUUAUGUCUUAUUAGUGCUGGUUUCAAAUAACAAGAGUGGGCAAACGUGUGUGAGAGAAUCUGGUUGCCUUGAUGUUCUGCUACAGUUAUUCAGAACAAUCCAUUCAGUAUCUAAGGUAGACCUUUUGGAUCAAAAUGUUAACCAAUAUCAUCUGUGGUCUUCAAUUUGCAGCGCUCUCUGUGCAUGUGUCAAUAAUCCCCAGAAUGAGGACAAUCAGAAAAUAUGCAGUUUGGUUUUUCCACAUGCAAAAGGCUGGCUACAAAGUUGUAUAAAACCUGAGAUAGUUCGCCCAAUAUGUUCAUUCAUUGGACUCACAGUUGCAAAUAAUUCAAGUAUGCAACAAUUUUUUGUUUCCAUUGGUGGAUUAGCUGUUUUGGAUGAGCUUCUUGUCAAACUGCUACACAAUUCAUUUGGGAACUAUUCAAGCACAAAACUUGCAAUAGUGGUGACAAAAACCUUGGAUGCCUGUAUUACUGAUAACUCUGCAGUUGGAGUUAGCUUGCCAAGAUAUAAUAUUAUUCCAAAUCUUCUGACACUGCUUUCUUACAACAUUCUGGAUUCAGGAGAACGAUUUAGUAUUAUACUUACCCUUGGACAUUGUACAGAAGGCUGUGAGGAAAAUCAGUAUACCCUGAUUAAGAACAAUGGCCUUCCCAUUAUGAUUCAGGCCCUAACUGAAUCACAGGAUGAAGAACUGCAUAAGGCUGCUACCUUUGUGCUGCAAAACUGCAAACAUAUCACUGAGAAGUUAUCACUGAAGUUAAGGGAUCAGUCAUUAAAAGUGGAUGAUGCAAGUCAGUUGGAGGCAGAUCUGCAGAACAAAGAGAUGAUCCUUGAAGACUACUGGGACAAAGCAAAAGAAAUUUUAUAUAGAAUAAAAAGGCUUGAAAAUGACCAUCAAGAGGAAAAAGUGAGAAGACAAAUACUUGAUGAGGAUAUUCCUCAAGAUGAAAUUCUACAGACUACAGCAAAACAUCCUAAAAUAAAUGCAAGCAAACAAGUCCCUAAUAAUGGCAUGACAAGUACAAAAGUGAAACAACCACUACUAAAUUCUAUAUCUGAUAAGUUGAUUGCUACAAAAUUUGUAAAUGGUUCUUCCAAGAAUGAACGCUUAAAGCCUGCCAAUAGGAAUCCAGUUGAUGCUUCAAUCAGUAAAGAUGAAUAUAAUAUCUCUCUUCAUUCAGCUGAUAAAAUGAGAACCGCCCACAAAAACGAACUCCAUAUUACAAAUGAAAGCAUUUUUUGUGGGUCCAAUAAAUCUGAUGUUCAAACAAGUGAAUUCUUGCAAAAGCAACCAGAUUUUGUAAUUAACAGCACAACUCAAGAGGUACAAAAUACAGAGCUAGUAUGUUCAAGCAUAACAAGCAGGGGGAUACACCAUAUUCUGACUACUUCUAUAGAUCCUAAACUAUCAGAAUUAAGGUGCUCAGGUUGUAAAACAAUGGGCCUUCCUUUAAACAGCCGAAAUUUUAGCAAGAUUUUGCAAUCCUGUCAGUAUCUAUGUGAACAACACAAAGUUAUUCUAGAAACUGAAAUGAAAUAUAAAAGGAACCUUAAAAAAUCUAUCAACUCUAGCAGGAAUACUUCUCCUGAUUAUAAUGCAUAUCUUCCAACAAAUUGCAAUGGAUGCUCAAAGAAACUCAGCCUUAAAGAACAGGAUCUGAGUGAAAAUCGUAAUUAUCCAUUUGAAGAUGAGAAUACUGAAAUACCUCUGUCAGAUAUACCUGCAACAGCUUUAAAAACAAACAAACGGAGAAGCAGGAAAGAUUUUACAUCAGAAGAAAUAAAGUAUCUUUUGGAUGGUGUAAAGAAAAUGGGACAUCAUUGGAAUUCAAUUUUAUGGGCCUAUCCAUUUCAGAAAGGACGGACCAAUGUAGACAUUGCUAAAAAGUACUGCAAUUUACAGUUUCAGGACAAAAUGCAGCUGAGUACAAUGCCCUCUCACACAAACUUUUAA